AAGCACUUUAUCUUAUUUUCCUAUUAGACCUACUAUAGACUUCUUAUAUCCCUAGACCUUACUAUUAUCUAGUCAUACCAACAUCUCACCUAUCAAUCCCCAGCAGUGCGAGGUCACUGCUUACAGGUACAGCUCAUUUCAGCCCAUCACCAUAAGCCAACUUAUAUUCUUGAUACCCAACAUGGACGUCACCGGCCUAGUGAUUGGUAUUGUCGGCCUGUAUUCGACCUGCCAGUCCUGCUAUAACCUCUACACCGACGUCCGCGAUGCCGAGACGAGCGCCGUGACCGCCGCCCAUGAGCUGGAGAUCCACAAGUCGAUCCUCAAGGCGUGGGGAUUCUACUGGCAGAUCCAGCCGACGCUGAGCGCAGAAGAACGCGACGGCGAGGUGAGCGAGAAGCUGAAGCGGUAUCUGACUCGAUACCCGGACAAGGCCAUCGGCAUUGCGAGUGCGCUGCAUUGUAUUGGCGAGGCUUUGUCUGACAAGCGGAAGCUUCUGGAUACAUAUGGGCUGGAGGUCAAUCUUGAAGUCGUUCAAGGUGUAGGUUUCCUGAGACGCUGGUUUUAUCUACUAUCUUGAUUGACCGACUGGAUAGAAUGAUGUCGUCAACGGGGGCUGGCGGCAGUUACGAGAAGAGCUGAGGGAGAAGAAGAGGACGAUAACUUCGCGGAUCACCCUCACCCGCCGGUUUGCCUGGGCACUACGCGACGCAGCCAAGU